AUGGUGCGGCCUGUGAGGCAUAAGAAACCAGUCAAUUAUUCACAGUUUGAGAAUUCUGACAGCGAUGAUGACUUUGUUUCUGCAACUGCACCUUUAAAUAAGAAACCCAGAACAACACCAAAGGACUUAAAACUGGAAACAAGGAAACCUAAACUGAAGAAUCUCCAGGAAGAAGAUAUCUCACUACAAGAGAAAACCCCUAAAAAAAGAUUCCUUGAGGGUACUUUUAGUACUCUAUCUAGUGUGUGCCUCAUACACAGUAAGAUGGCUUUAGAUGACAAGCUCUACCAGCGAGACUUAGAAGUCGCACUAGCUUUAUCAGUGAAGGAACUUUCAACAGUCACCAUUGAUGUGGAAGAGGCUCAAGAUAAAAGCACUGAAAAAUGUGGCAGCAGCGAAACCGGAACAACGAAUAAGGCUCCCCAUAUCUCCAAUUGCAGUGUAGCCAGUGAUUAUUUAGAUUUGGAUAAGAUUACCGAGGAAGAUGAUUUUCACAGUGCUCAAGGGAAAAGAAAAGCAGCAUCAAAAGCUGUGGUACAACAGAGGAAGAUUCUUUUGGACGGUAGUGAUGGUGAUAGUGCUAAUGACUCUGAACCAGACUCUGCAACUGGUGAAGAGUCUGAGGAUGACUCUGAUUUUAAUGAGAGUGAAAACGAUGAUGAAGACUUCACUAAGGGAAAAAAAGUGAAAGAAAUUAAGAAGAAAGAAGUAAGGGUAAAAUCCCCACUUGAAAAGAAGGAGAAGAAACCUAAAUCCAAAUGUGAUACUUUGGUGACUUCAGGAGACUGUGUUCCAGCUGCUGUGAAAUCAGAAUCUCAGCCUUCACCAAAAAAGGUUUCUCUUUCUUCAGAGGCCACUAGGAAAUCAUUACAAAUAUGCAGCCCUUCAGCUGAAAGCAGAAAACCUAAGUGGAUCCCACCAGCGGUAUCUGGAAGCAGCGGCAGUAGCAGGAGGAGGAGCCCCCCGGCAGGGGUGUCUGUUAAGUCUCCCAAUCGGAGUCUCCGCCUUGGCUUGUCCAGAUUAGCACGAGUUAAACCUUUACAUCCAAGCGCCGCUAGCAGCUGA